UUCUUCUUUUAUAAUUCGCAUUCUCUUUCAAUUCUCUUCAUUCUUCUUUUUCAAAUUCAAAUUGAUUCUCUCUCUCUCUGUAACCCUAGCUUCCAUGGAUAGCUUACUAGCCACUUACAAAGACGAAGAAGAAGAAGAAGAUGAAGAGGAGGCUCCACCCACAACCACCACCACAUCCACCGCCGCCGACGGUGGCGACGGAGGAGGAGUAGCAGUUGGUGCUGACACGGAACCAAUACCAAUCGACGUUCCACCCGUCGUUACCAGCACUCCCUCAGACACCCAAACAGAACCCCAAAACGACGGCAGAUCAGAGCCCGACCCCUCCGACGACCUCUCCUCCGAAGAAGCCGCUUCCGACGGCUCUAAGAAGUCACCGAAACGCGAACUCGACGAGGAACAGCAACCUGCUUCGAAGAAGCAGAAGCCGCUCUCCUCUCUCAGCGCCGCGAAUCAGGACUCGCCGGCAUUGCCGGAGGGAGACAAUGCCCCGGCGAGCACCCCGGCGGCGACGAAUGGCGGGACGACGAAUCCGAAGAAAUCGAAGAAGAAGAACAACAAUGUGUGGGCGACGAAAUCGAAGAAAGGGAAGAAGAAGAACAAGGGCAACAACAACAAUAACAACAACCACGCCAACAAUGGGGAAGACAAUGUCCUGAUAACUCCCGUUCAGCGGUUUCCGGACAAGGGCGACGACACGCCGGAGAUGAAGAUAUGCUUGUCGAGGGCGUUCAAGGCGGAGAAGGUGGAGCUGAGCGAGGAUAGAUUGACUGCAGGGAGCACGAAGGGUUACAGAAUGGUGAGGGCAACCAGAGGGGUGAUGGAAGGUGCGUGGUACUUUGAGAUUAAGGUUGUGAAGUUGGGUGAGACUGGGCACACUCGAUUGGGGUGGUCCACGGCGAAGGGUGAUUUGCAGGCACCGGUUGGGUACGAUGGGAAUAGCUUUGGGUACAGGGACAUUGAUGGGAGUAAGAUACACAAGGCAUUGAGGGAGAAGUAUGGGGAGGAAGGGUACAAAGAAGGUGAUGUUAUUGGGUGCUAUAUCAAUUUGCCUGAGGGAGCCAAGUAUGAACCAACAGCACAAAACUUGGCGUGGUAUAAAGGCCAGAAAUAUGCUUAUCCUAAAGAUGGUAAGGAAGAACCACCUAAAGUGGUGCCAGGAAGUGAGAUAUCUUUCUUUAAAAAUGGUGUAUGCCAAGGGGUAGCUUUCAAGGAUCUUUACGGUGGUCGUUACUAUCCUGCUGCUUCAAUGUAUACUCUCCCCAAUGAACCUAACUGCACUGUCAAGUUCAACUUUGGUCCUGACUUUGAAUUCUUUCCUGAGGAUUUCAAUGAGCGGCCAAUUCCCAGACCAAUGAUUGAAGUUCCGUAUCAAAGUUUUGACAAUCGAGUUGAAAAUGGAGAACCUAAUGAGAAGAAACCCUAGAAAGUGAUGCGUGUUACAAUUUAAGUACAUGUGCUGCACAGAUGGAUGAGUUCAUAUUCUGCUGUAAUUUUAGUUGAUAUUUAAAUUGUUUCACCAAUGACUAGAUUAGUGUUAGUGGUGUUAACUUCUGACAGAAAUUGUCCAUGUGAAAUUCUUCAAAUUCCAGUGGGUUCAAUCAGAUAGCUUGUAUUUUCUUUGGCA